AUGGCGCACUCAACGAGAGCGUCAACGAUGCGUUUCUUCGAUGUUGCGGUGACUUUCACCGCCGAUCAAUUUCGUGGUAUCUACCGGGGCAAGACAUACCAUGAACCUGAUUUUGGAGAGGUUCUGAAACGAGCUGAAGAUUACGGGUGUGGAAGGGUCAUGCUCACCACCAUGUCACUGAGUGGAGCAGAGCAAAAUCUUCAGUUAGUGAGGGAAUAUCCCAAGGUGUGCAGAAUGACACUUGGCGUUCAUCCAUAUCAUGCGGGUGAGAUCUACGCGAGUGAAAAAUCUAAAGACGGCCAGAACGAAUAUCUCGAAUCUAUCAAGAUGUUGGCGAGAGGCUUACUUGCAGAGAUCCCUUCUCCAUUGGCAGCCUUUGGAGAAAUCGGGCUCGAUUACGUCUACCUGGAUCGGGCAGACAAAGGCACACAACAACGCGCAUUCCGAGACCAAUUAGAAUUAGCUACACAGCUACGAUUACCCCUAUUUCUGCACGUUCGUGAGUCAACCACAGACUUCGUUUCCAUAAUCAAGCCCUACCUGCCAAGACUACCUCGCGGUGGACUAGUACAUUCCUUCGCAGGCACCAAGGAGGAAAUGCUUCAGCUGGUGGAACUAGGUUUGGACAUCAGCGUAAAUGGUGUCUCAUUCCGUACACAUGAACAAAUUGAGAUGGUAAAACAUAUCCCAUUGGAUAGAUUGCAACUCGAAACAGAUGCUCCGUGGUGUGAACUUUCGAGCAACGAUCCCAAAAUCGAACAGUAUCUGGAGGCUGCGAGGCCCUUGCCUCCUAGUCGAAAACACAAUAAGUUUAUCUUGGGACAGAUGGUCAAAACAAGAAAUGAAAGCUGCACUAUUGAACGAGUUGGGUUAGUGGUGGCGGGGCUGAAAGGAGUGACUAUGGAGGAGGUGGUUGAAGCAGCAUGGAGGAAUAGUUGCCGGAUGUUUUGGUGA